GUUGGUGCUGUGCAUGAAUGACAGCAUGCAGGGGCCAAUCACACGAUAGGCCAAGCUCACCAGUCACCGCACAGGAAAUGACUCUCCACUUUAAAGGCAUGAGCUACUGUGUUUCUCCUCAAAACAACCACCACUCGUCCUCCACAUUUAGAAGAUGGAGAGAGCAGGCCCGAUUGAAUGAGAACAGACUGCCAACAACAUUAACUGCCCAGACAUCACUCCAGGUAUUGCUUCAAAGAUUAACAUAGACAUGAUGAUGCAAUACUGUUUUACGAUCACCCUUUCACUUGCCAUCCUCUUGGGUGACCUUAUCAAGCCCAUAUCUGCCAUCAUUGGGCAAGCUCCCACAGACAGCGAUCGUUCUGGGUCCCAGGUGUGUACAGUGUGCUGCCAAGGACCUGCUGCAACACCCGGAAUUCCAGGUCUACCAGGAAAUCCGGGUCAUUUUGGACCUCCAGGGGCAAAGGGUGAUGCCGGGGUCAAGGGGGAAAAGGGAGAGACUUGUCCAAUCAGCAGUGUGGGUGAACAGGGAGCUCCUGGGAACCCUGGACCUAAAGGGGACGACGGAAUGGGCCUACCUGGUAAGAUAGGCCCGAGAGGUCCACCUGGUGAAGUUGGCCGUACUGGGGAAGAGGGGGUCAAAGGUCAAAAGGGCGAACCCGGAGAGGCACCAGAUGACUCUCUUCACCAGGUGGCAUUCACCGUGACGCUAACGAGCGACUUGGAUAUCUCUACGAGUCACGACACCCGUUUGCCCUUCCAUCACACAGAGACGCUUUUGCCGGGUACAAACUUCGAUCUGGCGACUGGUACAUUCAGGUGUAAUGUGCCAGGCACCUACGUGUUCACGUUUUCAGUGCUCAGUCAUUCCUCCAGCCCCACCCUCUGGGUUCAUCUUAGGAAAAACAGCAAGAUUGUCGUUAGUGGCCACAGCAAUGAUUCAAAUCACUAUGAGCAGGUGUCAGGGAGUGCCGUGCUGGUUCUGCAGCGAAGCGAUUUGAUAUAUUUGACCAUGCGUGGUAAGGUGCUUAGUUCAACUAAUCACUACUCCUCAUUUAGCGGUUUUCUCCUCUAUCCUGAAUAACAUAGAAAAAAACAUAGAGUCGUUGAGGGUCAAUGUAUAGUGCUAAAACCUGUUCAAUGUCUUUGAUUUCCGAAUAAGCUUGCUGUACCAAAAACCAUAUCUCGGUUAACUAAGUUUAAUUCAAUUAUUUUAUUGGGUCACCAGCUGCUACACGUUUAGAACCUGGUGUCAUAAACGUCGGUCGUUGCAGCCAUCUUCCUUCACGGCGUGUCCGUUCCUCGCCAAAUCGAAUUCGUUUUUAUAUUCAAGUAUUCCCCCAAAUAUCAUUUUUGGCUUUUGUCCACAAAUAAAUCUUUUUCACAUUCUACUGGUCCCCAUCACCUAUUUGUGUUUAAAAUAUUUUGAAUUAUGACCCCCUAAAUGUCACAGUCUUACAAAGCCACCUUUUGUUUUAUUGGAAUAACAUAAACAUGCUGGCAACCCACAGCAGAUGUACACGUGUGUAUAGCAAUGGGGCUUAAUGAUUAGUUCCCAAUGUUUGUGAACAAGUUGGCCUCGUCAUUUAUUAAUUAACAAAAACAGAUAAUACAAAUACCUAUAUACUACAUUUAGCUUAUUAAUUGUAGCAAUAUAGAAAAUAAAUGUUUCUGGCUUACGCAGUCAAGAUUAAGUAUUUUUUACUGUGACAUUAAAUGCAUUUGUUGAGGACGAAUGUAAGACAUAUUGAGAGAGUUGUCCAAAUUUUGGAACUUUGUUAUUAUUUUAUAUGAUUAAAACAUUGUAACAAUGAUUAGCAAUUCAUUUGAUAUAAAGCAAGGAGCCUUCAGCACGUCUUAGGUUUUUUUUAUAAUUCCCCUGUUAGUGUGCUUCUUUGAGGGGUAGAUUUUGGCUUGGGAGGUAGAGGUAGUUGUAGCCCUGGGCUAUGAACUUGCGAAUAUAAGUUUGCGAACAUAAGAGAUGCAAGAGUCUCAGCCGUCAAAAUUGUCAAGAAACGUUUCCUUUAGGACAACAAAAAAUUAAAACAGGGUGUCUGUUACUAUUUAUUUGUUCUGUAUUCAUGUUCACUCCUCAAUGUAGAUUUUACGGAAGCGUCACAAAUGAAGUUGGCCAGGCAACUCGAAGCAGAAUUUUUGGGGGACCAAAUUGUUCAGUCACUAUGACUGUGCGCUUACUGAGGUAGAUAGGAAACCCAUUACGAAGCUCCUUUGAGUUUCCCAACAAAACUGGAUGGCGAUGUUGUCUGCCAAUCGUUUUAAGUUGCUUAGUCCUUGGCCCCAAAACCUCACACCACUACUCAUCAAGUCAGCAUUUGUCCUGGGAAACAUAAUGUGAUGAGGAUGUUAUAUACUUCACCGUGCGUACAAGGGAGGUGGUCCAAACUUAAGUAUGUAAACGCAAACGAGUGACGUGUAAUCUUUAAUAUUGCUGGAAGGCUUCACUCUCAGUCAAUCAUCGAUAACUGAUGAUUAGCAGUGGUCGUUCUGAGGAGCGACACGGCCAUCCAUGCCUAAAAACUGAUCAACCAUUUCCUGAGCAGUGACUGCUGAACUUGGCCCUGUUUGUGAUUGGCUCUUGUGCACUGUCACUCACACACACCACUGACUCUUCUGAUAUUGGGUUAGUUAUGUUAAUGACAUGUUGAAACACUUUGGCUAUGAGAACAAUGGAACAACGGAUGAAGGUCUUACUAGCCCGGCAGUGAAAUGCUACUAUUUCUUGAACCGUGUUUCGAGGGAUAUACCUUGAGCAGAGGCUAAAACGUCAGCUUCUGGCGGCCAUUUUGCUAAUUGAUUCAUUUAAACAAAAUACGGCUAACUGCAAUCACUGUAAAUCUAAUCCUAUCUCUGUUCAUGCUGGACUAGUUUCAUCAACUUUAUUGUCGGUACUUUCCCUCGGCUGGGAAAAAUUAUACCCAAGCCAGCCUCUGGCCAGAUCCCUUAGGAUUGUACAAAAAUAUCUAAGUUACGUGGUGUUAAAGGAAUAUUUAUACAGACUAUUCAUGGGCAAGCCAGGGCCCGUCUCGUAUCAAUGCUUGGUCUUUCAGAUCUUUCUGCAUGUAGACAGCUGUCUAGUUUGUUUCAUUGUGGCGGUGGAGGUGUUGAUUGGUUGUUGACUGUAACUUGACCGUUGAGGGAUCCUUCAUUUACUGGAAAAAGGGUGAUCUGGCUUUACUCUGACCUUUUUUUCUGGGUUGGUUUCUUUGCAAGGGCUGAAGGUCACCUACUGAUCAAUUUAAAUGCCAUUAUGCUAACAAAAAAUCAACAGGGGGUGGAUUCUGCCCCCCUAUUUUCCACAAGCUUUGCAUCCUACGGGAUCCCUCAACAUCUGUAUUAUUUAUAUAUUUCCUUCUGCUAAACACUACAUAUCCAAUAUUUUGUGGUAUGCAGAAAUAAAGUGAGAUUUGGACUUGAAAAACUGAGAUUCUGUUUGUGGGAAAGAUUUAGGGAUUUGUUGUUUUACAGUUAGGCAAGCCUUCUUCCAACAAUGUUGCCUCAAUACAACGCAGCUGCACCGCUAGGUAACACACACACUGGUACACAAACACUCUUGAUCGUCGCCAUAGAAUUGAUAAUCAGCACACAAUAUCACAUUAUUACACUAUGCUUACUUUGAAUCCAUUGCCCUGUUCGACCUUUUGUAACCAGUCUUUGUUAUUCUUCUACAUGCUGGGAUUAUUCAUUCCAAAAAAUAAUUUGGCCCACGAGUCUAUUACGUUUGUGGAGAAUAAAAAAAAAGUCAUUCCCACUUGCAAAAAUUGCCCUUGCUAAUUAAGGAAAAUUAAGGCACUUAUUGCUGAGGCAAUCGAUGUGGUUAUGCGUGCAGGUGGUUAGACCUGUACAAAGUAGUUAUUUUCUUCUUUCCGUUCUUGUCAGCAUCAUUUGGUAAAGCCUAAAAAGAGAUAAUCGCUAAAUUGAGGAAAACGUUU